GUUCGUGCUCGAGUUGAAGUGGAAAAGUUUUACGGUGUGCGUUUUUGCAAAAAUCCGUUCAGAAUUUGUUGAUUUUGUGCCGAAUUUUAGUUCCAUUUAGAGCUAGUGGUUUGAUUCACAACUGUAUCUAGUUGAAAUUUCUUGAAAGUCAUUUUCAAGGCGAAUUUUUAGGUUUUUCUUAACCUGCAGUAGUGCCCUUGGUGCAUCGUUCAGCAGCAGUGGAAUAAAAAUCGAAUAAUGGGUCGCAAAAAGAAGAAGGCAUCGAAGCCCUGGUGUUGGUAUUGCAAUCGAGAAUUCGAUGACGAAAAGAUUCUGGUGCAGCACCAGAAGGCGAAGCAUUUCAAAUGUCAUAUUUGUCACAAAAAGUUGUACACCGGACCGGGCCUUUCCAUUCACUGCAUGCAGGUACACAAGGAAUCGAUUGAUAAAGUGCCAAACUCGCUGCCGAAUCGGUCCAACAUCGAGAUCGAAAUCUACGGUAUGGAAGGAAUUCCACCGGAAGACAUCCGAGAACAUGAAAAGCAGAAAAACGGAGGUGGCGGUGGUGGACGAUCGGACUCAGAUGACGAUGAACCAGUUACGAAAAAAACAAAACCGGACGCCGUUUCGCAUGGAUUGGUAAUGCCGAACAUGAUGCCACCCCAUAUGCAGCCGUUCGGCAUGAAUCCAAUGAUGGCUCCGAUGGGUCACAUGCCCUACAUGGUCCCUCCGGGAAUGCCGAUGAUGCCUCCAAUGAUGGGAGGUCACCCGAGGCCACUGUUUCCGGCGGCGGCUUCGGCAACCACAAUGUCAGCCAAUCCUGCAAUCCAGAAACCUACGUUUCCUGCGUACAGCAGUGCGACGAUAAGCGCCCCGCCUACAACCAACACGGCGAAUGCCGCCAACGCUGCUUCCGGCGAAGCGUCCAAAUCUUCGACUGUGAUACCCGCCACAGGUACUACCUCUAAGAUUGUUCACCCGCCGGAAGAUCUCAGUCUGGAGGAAAUCCGAGCUCGCAAGCCGCAGUACCACAAAAAGAUUAGUCUAGCGACGCAGCAGUUACUGCAGCAGAAGCAACAGGAAAAACAGGCGGCAGUCGUUGCAGCUGCCACGGCAGCCGCCCAGCAGCAGCAGGUGCAGGCCCAGUUGAAAGCCCUUUCGUCGGCAGCCGCGGCCAGUGGGACGAACUCGAUCGUCACAAGCCAUCCGGGGAAGGACACCCGACUGAUGUCGCCACACGAGCAAGCAGCCGUGAUAGCGCAUGCGCAAGCUGCAGCCGCGAACCAUCACCAGAAGCAGAUCGAAGAACUGAAUCGGGCUGCCAUGAUCCAGCGGUUUCAAGCAGCGAAUGCAGCAGCCGCUUCCGCGGCAGCAUCCCGGUCUGGAGUACCAAUGGGAAUGGUACCAGUUUCACUAAAUCAUCAGAUGCAGCUCAUGCCACCGAUGAUGCGGCAAGGGCUAGCCAUCGGACCUCCAGGCGCUGCAUUGAUAGGCGGUAACAUGCUUCGUCCUGGUCCCCCACAAAUGGGUAUCGGUCCAGGCGGAUUGAUCACGCAGAUCCCAGGCAUGCCUGGUAUGAGCAUGAUGUUCCCGGGGCACCCGAUGCUGCCGAUGUUACCGCCCCGCUUCCGGUGAUCAGUUCAGGAUCCACUGAUACCACUGAUGUUGCAGGCCGGACCUGCCCUGCUCAAACUGACCCUGCCGAUUGUGUUUCCCUAAGUUGUGGUGGACCCCUUGAGCAAACAGGUCCGAAUAGCAGCAGCAGCAGCAACAACAGUAGCAGCAUCAGCAGCACGAUCGCCAUCUCGGGUAAUCUCAUCAACCGGACAGGAGGAGGGACCUCCUCCUCCCGAGCAGCGAUUCUCAACUGCAAGCAAGUGGCAAUUUUUUUCUAUUUAACAAAAAAAAGUAUCUUAUCAAUUAGCGGGUAGUGUUUAUUAAGAUUAUAAUGCCUUACAAAGUUUUUUCUAAAUAGCGUGGGUUGUUACUAGUUUCUUCGUGAGAUUAUUCGCGGUUCUUCACUGCUGAUCAAGAUAGACUCCGUGUAAUAUGUUUUCCUAGACAGAAAAAUUAGGCGAUAGUUACAUCCAAAUGGAUGUUCACAGAUAGUUUCGAGCCCUUAAUGCACUGACAUAGUAUUCAUGAUUACUAUAUAAUUGUUAGAGAAGGCACAGGAACUGACAGGAACAUGUCAUUAUCGUGAAUCGACUUGAUUCGAAUACCGUCGUUUAUCCAAACAUUGCAUGUCUAGAACCCAUAACCAGUAUAAGCAUUUUUAAAAUAUUUUACUUGCUUUGAUCGCACGAUGAUCGAAUAUUUCGAAUUAGAUCCGCAUCAAGACCGUAAAAGCUCAAUUAUGGUGUAGGGUGAUAAGGAUUCACGAUAAAGGCGUAGGGUUUUUUUUUCUUUUCGCCUAACAAUCAAACUAUGCAAGGGCUCUCGUUCAUGUAUGAUGUUUCACUUCCUUACACACUUCCUUAGUAGUUGUUAUACCAAUGAUAACGUAGCACAGUAGUCGUGAUUAUUCCUAACCGUAGCGUACGCAUAUAUUCGACAGGUUCUUUUCCAAAUUCCUUCCUCUCGGCGCGUUCAAUCACUAGAAGCUGAGCCUGAGCAAAACUAGGCAACGCUUUCCGUGCACGAUUCGCCACUAGCACGCCACAAAAAAAACCGGGGUCUACCUUUCGGGCGCAAACCACGAGGGGUAUGUCACUCAUAUGAACUAUUUUCUAUGCUAUAUCUGUGUUGGUAGGAAGCUUUCUAUCCACUGUUGAAAUUAAAACUAAAACUAUUACGCCGGUACAUCAGCAGCCUAGGUAAAAGUUCUAGAGAAUAAGUGUAACUGCGAAGAAAAAUAUGGACUCACUUGGCGGAUGUUGGUAGGCGGCAUUCGUUAGCUCGGUAUCUCAAUCGAUUACCACUGAUCCAUGCCAUCCAUACUUUUCUUUGUACUUUUUUUUGGAAAAAAAAACAUUUUACACCGGAACCGUUAAAAGUCGCUAUCGACAACAACAAAAAAAGUAAAUUAAUAAACACUGAGAACAGUAGAAAUUCAAAUGUGCUCCCGUUGCAGGGCAGCAAGUCUAAGAGCAAUCAUAAGAGUAUCGUAACUUACGUAUUAUUCACUAGAAUGCAAAUAACCAUAGUGUCCCACAACCACACACAAUUACUAACUGUUUUUUAGAAGUAAGCGAUAACCAAUAUUCAGCCCAACAGUAAUCGUAUUUAUCCUGUAUGUUUUCGUUCGAACAGAGUUUUCUCAGAAAAAAAUGAACAAACCAAUAGAAAUCGCUAGUGUGAAUGAUCCCUGCCAAACGUCCAAACCCCAACUCACAAAAGAAAAGAAAAAGUAGGUACACCCAUAUAAUAAAUCCGUGACCAUUUAUAACUCGAAACGACGCCAGGUAAGGGGUUCAAUUGAUUCAUUAAAAACCAAAAGCAAAAAAAACAAGCUACCAAAUAUGACUCACACAAGAAAACAAGAACAAAUUUAAAUCAUCAAUUCUGUUCGAUGUGUCGUCCGCGGGGGAAAGGGUAAACAGACGGUUGUUCCCGACGAAACACGCCUGCAAGUAUGCACCCGUUUUUUUUUACACCCAUAAUCAUCUACAUUGAUUUUUGCGCCUGAUCUGACAGCAGCAAAUUUUGGUUAGUCUGAUCCUGGAAAAGGGUCACCAACGUUUAGGGUCAUUUUCUGUUCGAUGGUGAAGGCUUUCGUUGUGCGUGUGUUUGUGUUAUUGUCCUAUGGCAUUAGAUUUUCCUUUUGUAAAAUGAAUCAAGUAUCAAAGUUUUGGCAUAGAUUGCUUUUCAUUUUUCCUAUUGUUUUUUUCUUACACAACUUUCCUGUUGGUUUCUUCUUAUCUUACGGUUUCCUACUAUGCUGUUGUCGGUUGUUAUACAAAUUAUAUAAAAAAAAAAUCAGACCAAUCGAAAUGAGUUUUGCUGUUGAACAUCUAGAGCAACUCGUUUCCACAGUAAUUUCGAAUCCAACCGCGUUUCUAUUCUAGGUUGUGAAUUCAAUCAUCACCCGAACUUCAUCAGUAGGGCAAUCAAUGGUAGUAGUAGGCUAGGAGAUUCAUCAGUAAUCAAAUCCCAAAGCAACUUUGUUGUUCACUCAUCCGAUUCAGUAGAAAUGUUUUUUUUUCUUCUUCAUUUGAUAACUUAAAAUAAGCAUGGUUUCAGCGCGUAAGUACACACAUCUUUUUCCUCUCACACUUAUACUUUUAUUCCAUACUAGGGUAACAGAGGUAUUUUGGCCCACUUUAGGAUUGAUUUUAUUUUGGCCCACUUUGUAAAAAUAUCCACCAAAUGUUGUAAUAUCUUUGAAAAACCCUUCCGCAAUAGGUAAUUUAAUGUGAUUAGCUUCAAAUUGAUGCAACAUGGGUUACUUAACAUCGAUGAAAUCCAUAAAGUUUGUUAGGUUGGCCAAAAUAUAUGAAGUGGCCAAAAUACCUCUGUUACCCUAUUCGAUUAUAUCAUCACUUUACUACACCUACACAUCACUACAGGCAAGUAAAAUUUUAUUGGUACUAGUUAGUUACUAUAGUUGUUAUUAUCAAUCUAAAUCCCGUUCGCCGAUGGUAGGAUGGUUGGUGUAUUGGCAUAAUUUCUCUUUGCUGGCUUUGUAGGGCACUGUUUGUUAAAGUUUUUUGUUUUAUUGCAACGCAUUUGCAACAUACACGUCAUACAUACAUACAUACACGUCCCGAAAUAAUGUGCUUUUGAAUUAUCGAGAGUUGUCACAAAUUGGGUGAGUUUGAUGAUGGUGAAAUUCGACACACACUUCGAAAAAAAAACAUGUGAAUUUACGUCUUCUGAAAGCGACAUACGAUAGUCGUAAAAAUGACACAUUUUUCGUGCAUUUUGGUAUAUUUUUAAGUACUGAAAUAUGUAAUUUUACACGCUGGCGUUAAAGGCUGGAUAGUUUUAACACAGAUUUAAAUAUUAUUGUAAAAUUCAGUUAUUUGACAAAUCAAGCUUUUUUGAAUCGUAUCAUAUGUAGAUUUGCGUCACCUGCAAAUUUCUUUUUUUUUUCUUCUAUGUCUGUACAGUAUGGCCCAUAAAAAAAUGCGAAAAUAUGCACUAUUUUAUAAGAUCUUUUUCUCAUGGUUAAAUGAAGAGCAACAUAAGUUAAGUUUGUUGCUCUCUAUUUCUUUCUCCAAGCGUGAGCGAAACUGGAAGCAUACCUUCUGAAUGUAUGAAGCACAAACAUCGAGUGCUGUACUUUUGUAAUGGAAGCUUUCAAAACGUGGACACUGGGGUGUGCUUUUCCGCAGGGUUUUAUCAUACCCGAACGUACGGAGUAAUCGAGAGGGUUUAAGUCUCGACUACUAUGAGUCCAAACAACUUUUGGCCAAAAAGCCAUGUUAUCAUUCAAGCACUCUUGAGGUCUUCUAGGAGAUUGACACGGCGCUCCAUCUUGUUGAAAAACGACCUGGUCGAAGAUCUCUUUGACCCAAAGUAGGACAUUCUCCUUCAAAAUGUCCAAAUAGAUAUCGGUAUUCACCUUCAAACAAGCUUUGAUGAGGCAUGUUCAGGCCAUUCAUUAGAAGCAACUGCUCCGAAAACAAUGAUUCCGGUAGGAUAUUCAGAAAAACGUUACCUUCUUUCUUUCAGGAUCGAUGUUGUUCUGGAUACAUUGAUCGAGAGUCUUUUCAAAUUCACAACAGGGAUUCACAAAAAUAAGAAGAUGCUCUUCUUCUUGAAAUACUUGGAGUAGGUAGUGCCAGAAACAUAACCGCGAGGUUGACGUAGGACUGCAUGUGUAUAGAUAUCAAUUGAUUUGAUACCGUUUGACCGUUUAAGAUUUAUAGUAUUGAAAAGGACCAUUCGGUUUCAAAAGAUUGCGUUCGUGUUCUAGGAAAUGGGGUGGCAGUUUAGGACAGUUUAUCAGUGAAAGAAACUGCCACAAUGUAAAAUUCCCUACGAUAUUGAACACUGUUCGGAACAUUUUUCUCUAACGCGAUGCAGCAAAAUUAAAACUAUCGUUCGAUUGGUGUAAAUUUCGCAUAGCGAAAAGUGCACAAAGCUAAUCAAAUUAUUCAAGAUUUGCACUAAACUUAUCAUUUUUACCUUCGAUUUGCAAAGAAGCAAUCCUAAUAGUUUUUAGAUAACAUUAAGAGCUAUUAGAACGACUGGUUUUGUAUAAUUUUCUCCAACGUUGUCCACUUUUCGUUUUCUUCUCCUUCAAUGCAAACGACUAUCAGCAAGAUGAUGCAAUCACUUUUGUUUAAAGCGAAACUCACACUGCGAAUGUCGAACAGCAGAUAUGCUUACAGUAGAACUAGUUGUUGUUUUUCCUGCGUUUAGGCUUGAGGAACGGAACCUCAUAUUUGCCAUUGACUAAAGCACUAGUUUAUCUCUCGAUUGCAUGCUGCAAUUCCAGUUAACGGCAGCGUUCUUGGUUUUUCCGUAAUGGUAAGAUGCAAAUUCCUACCAAAACAGAACGGAACCGUUGUUUUGUUAAUGUGUCUGUCCUUGAAUAUGGCCGACACCCCCGCUUCCUUGCUACAUCUUGAACGUCGAAGUCCGGCCACCUACUCUCGAUUGUUCCGCCCUAUUGUCUGCAAACAUGUAAAGCCGCAGUAUUUAAAGAUAGCCGUUUCAUUCAAUUAACGUCAGUAUUGAUUCAGUUUGAUAACAAGCGAUAGCCGGAUACCAGUGGGAGGACCAGAUUUACUCUGUCUCUCGUUCGAACCAAACUAGUGGCAGUCUUAACAGUAGAGCCGAUAAAGUUAAUUUUCAUUUUCUCAAAAUAGACGAAAAGGAUAAAAACCUAAAUGUAAUUUUCAGCUCCGCUUGCAAAUUAUAAGAACGAGACUCAUAUCCAGUCAAUUAUAAAAGAGGCACAGUGGUUUCAAAAUUGUAUUCUUUCGUUCAUUGAUUUUCGGUUUCCAGUGAAAAUAAUCGUAUUUUAUGCAGUAUUGAUAUUCAACCGAUGCUUCGAGAAUCGAUAAUGACAGAGAACGUUUCGUUUUUACUUGUUGGUGCUCGCGUUUUGGUUUCCGAAAAGGUUCUGGACUGUAAUUACUUUGAUCUAUCAUAUUUUAGAUACUACUUAUUGCCAAACUUCGCAGUUUUUCAUUAUAUUGAGGAAUGAGAAUUGAAAUUCGGCUUAAUUUUCUAACUGAAUCUUUCAUUGAAAAUAUGAGAUAACAGAGAUUUUUAAUUCAUGUCAAAUGCUCUCGAAUUUUUUUUAAACAUGACUGAAAUUCAACAACUCGGUUUUUGUAAAAGUCUAGUGGAGGAACAAACGACCAAAUUUACCGACCACGUUGAAACCGCGUGGAUACAAUUGUACAGACCGAAGAGCUCAAGAAAAGAACGUGCUGUCUCACAGAUAGAAUUCAAUAGACUGAUUUUAUUAUAAGUUCAUGAGUACAAUGAUAUGAUCGGUUUGAUUGGUUUGAAUGUGUGUGUCAGACGAAGCAUCGUAUUCACAGGUGACGUGAGUUUAGAUGUUAGGUAGUAGCGAGGGUUGUUCAUCGAUUACGUUCGAACAUCUAGAAUAAAUUGAAAAUAAUUAGCUGUAACUUUUUGUAUUAGUCUAAGGCUAGUCAGACAUAAUGGUAGGACUCAAAAUCUGGUGUGCCUCCAAGAUUUCCUAGCGCAUCAGCAGACAAUACAGUGUAAACCCGACAAUUUUCUGAACUUUAGAAAUAUUUUCGGAAUGGUAGAGAUAAUAUAUGGGAAUCAUGAGGGGAAUUGCCCGGGGUCGGCGGGUAAGAGUAUGAGGCGCUGAUCCGAUAAGUCAGAUGACAGUCCUGCGUAGUCGGCUAAAACAGAAGAUCAAGGUCCACAUAGGAAUGUAGUACCCUAGCUUUGCAUUGCUUUGCUAAGAGAAUUGCAAAAUUCUUACGUUGACGGUUCCUGGUGUAAUGAUAAUUUAGCUUGUUCUGUUACAUCCAUAGAUCGUCUGCCAGACAAGAAAUUUUUCGGUGAAUUUGGACCGUUUCUUCUUCUGGGCGGUCUCAAAAAUGGCCAACCUGUACUAGGAAACAUAUAACUUAUGUUCCAGAGGCAAUAAGUUAGAAGUUGCUCGGCUUAAACGCAUCAGUUGUCGUUGGUAUACCUCUCCCGUGAUGCUUUCACUCGGUUGCAGCAGCUUAUAAUACACUGCACCCAGCUGUUCCUCCCAUGCACAGAGCAUAAACUGCAGGCCUUGAAUAUUCCGAUGAACGAUCAUCGAUGAUGAUGCAUUGUCGGGUUAUCCUAAUUAGCCCACUUUUCAUCGCUAGUAACAAUUCGACGCCAGGAAAAUCUUUUCUUUUUCUUUUCUUCUAGGAUUCAAUUCAUACGGCACCCGAUUGCUUUCCUGUCGGAGCAUUCCAAUAGCUUCCAAGCGUUGGUAAAUGGAUGGCUGAGCUACUUCCAGUGAUAUUGAAAAUUCUUGUUGCGUUGACGACGGGUCUUGAUCGAGUAAUUUCUUCAAUUCUUCAUCGGAAUUCAACAUUUUCAUAGUAAAAAAACAGUUUUGUUUUCUACGCUUCAGCUAAAUGACACAUACUGAUGGAAAGGAACUGUGUAACAGUUGCUUUCGAACGGUUAUUUGGGAAGAUAAAUCACUGAAAUAAAAAUCAAGUAACCCCUGUUAGAAAGCUGUACGAGUUUGUUUAUACAUCUAUUAUAUACAAAUUUGAAAGAUCCUAGCAGCUUUGCACAGUUCUUGACAAAUUUGACGACCCUGUAAGCAAAAAACGUUCAACAGAAGUCGUUGGUCAAAUACGUUGGACCGUUGGUCCGAUGAAUGUCUAAUAAAUCGUCUAACCGGAGGCCGUAUCGGGACUUUCGUUUGCCGAUUUUGAAACAGACCUUUGAACGCGCCGUUUUUUUUUUCGCUCAACAAACUCGGAAAACAGAGAUCCAUGGUUCAUCCAUUUUGAAUGUGAGAAGUUGGAGCCCUAUUGGAUUCGUUUCACUGAAGAAUUUUGAAAGUUGCUCAUAAAUACUACAUACCUGUAGCAUUCUUCUACUUUGGGUAGAAUAACAACAAAUUGUCUUUUUAUAUGGAGAACACACAACAUUUUAAAAUUGUUUUUGUAGGAAAAAAGACAACGCCGUGCAGUAUGGCGUAACGCUCUAAACACAACAAUAUCGAACCGCUUUCGCAUGAGGGCAUAACGGACAUAACAGUUUUGAUCAAAAACGAACGUAACGACGUGUGUACCUCUUAUUCCUGAAAAUUGGUAACUCGGUGAAUUUUCUUUCUGGGAAAUAACUUCCGGAAAAAAUAUCUAUUCGCCGAAACGGAAUAUAAAUGUGAAAAUAAAACCAGUAACGCAAUAUUUCAUGCUCAUAUUUUAAUCAUUUGAUCUCUGAGAUUUUUUAUAGUUGAUCUGGGAAUUGUGUCUUCUGAUUUCCGUCGACACUCUGUUGUAAUCAUUAGAUCAAUUGUGAUAAAACUCAUUCAAUGUGAACAAUUAGCCGUUAGCAAUCAUAACUGUCAAAUAAUAUGCUAGCCGCGAACGUUACUAGUUUUCUGCUGCGAAUUUUGUGACUUUGUGUUUACAGAAUCUACAUUCGCUCCCUCGGGUCGUUCGAUUCUGACAAAUGUGUUUCCCAAAUCCAAAUGUUACUGCCAUCAUGAAUCAUUCACUCGUUUGUGACUAACUUCCGUCCCGAUUUCCAAAAAGCACAACACCAACAAACAGCUGUUGAAUGCCGAAGAAUACAUUUGCAAACCCAUUCCCGCCAUUCUGUUACCAGUAGUAGUGAUGUCUCCUACCAGCCGCCAUCAGCACAGUUGCAGCAGUACAUCUCCAGAUCAAGACUCACCUAAACUACUUUCUUUUGCUUUAUUUUUCCUUCUUCAAGAUUCCGUGAGAGCUCGCUCAUAAGACCCAAGCCCUUUCGAAAGCAUAUCUGACUCUCUGAACAAGUGCAAAAAAAAAGUCGGACCAGCUCGAUAAAAGAAACCGAUAAGUACUUACAUACAAAUUUUAACCAUUUAUUUCCAUAAUUUAAUCAACUACUACUGAACCACUAGAUCGUACGCGUCAAAAAUCUUGCGAACCCCCCCGUCCUCCCUCCAGAGUGUCUCAGGCAGGUGAUAUCCCGAGGCCCCGUCUCUCGGUAUCACAAAUUUGAUGUUGGAUAUUGGUUUAUCCCUUGCCCUAGCCGGGGGUUCGUUCGGUGGUUUGGAACCGGGUCGCUGUUGCCUGUACUGGGAAAUCCUGAACCAACCCCCUCCGAAAAGGGCAGGCGACACAUCAAUGGGGGAGGAGUUGAUGACAGCAGGAAGAAAAUGCUAAAUCUGACCUCAAAUCCUCCCCCGGGUGGUCAAUGUGUCACAUCAAUUUUGUUGAGUGAGAAGUCCCUUGUUGGUUCCGGAGCUGCCGGAAUUGAUUUUUUUUUCGGGGAAAACCGGCCGGCCGGACAAACCAGCAGGCGAAAUUUCGUCCCACGAAAUUUCACAGCCCAUAUUUAGCCAUAUAAGUUUAAUGUGACGGAGAAGGUUUCUAUUUAUAUUUCAUUUGUUGAAUUUACUGUAUGUUAUCUUUUUCCAUAUAUUAUAUAUAUUUGAUUCAUAUACGAUAGGCAUAUAAUGUUAACUGACCGAAGGGCUGUUGGACCUCUCAUCCCCUGCCUGGGGGCUUUCGGCGGUGCCGAGUUGAAAAAAAAAACUAAAUUCAAACCGUUGUCGCAUUUCUUUAAGUUUAGUACGAAGCAAACAGUUGCCUGAGUAUUUUCAGUUUCAUUACACAUUACUAAUAGCAUUCGCCCUUUGGGAAGGCACGUGUUUGUUUGCGCGGUAAAUGGACUCCCGGUGCUCCGAAUCAUUUUUCUGUUUGCAAAACAAGAAUAACUCCUUGCAUCAUCGUACAGUGAGUGAGAGUGACUCAGGUGAAACAUUGUUAGUAGAGAAAUAAUUGCCUAGGACUUUCUUUACGAGGAUUAAACUCUCAUGUUCAUCGCGGAAAAUGUUCAUUUUAUGUUCUCAUCAAUUUUGAUAGACUUUUUGUUUCUUUCUGUCACGUCAUCCACCUUUGUACCUUUUUUUACAAUUCGCGUAAUCGCGUAGAAUUAUUUACCACCGGCACAUUUGGUCGAUAUUAAGCUAGCUAGAGAGUGAGUUCAUUUAAGCUGUGUAUGGAGUUUCGUACAAUCUGUCUAUUCUUAACCACACAUUUAUCAUUUUUGUUCAUUAGUCCCCCCUCCCGUCAAAAUUUUCCCAUCCGCCUAUUUUCUACCAAUCAUUAACAGCACAGCAAUCAUUUAUUUCCGGUACGAGGCUCUUAACUGAAGGGUAUACCUUAACAUCGUUUUUUUGUUUUGCUACCCAAUAUUCCUACUAGUAAUGGUUUGUAAUUUGCAACACAACAGAAAAGUUCAGUACAUAAUAAAUUAAUUCACACAUAAGUAGGUGAUAUGGUUUAAUCGUAAUGUUAAUAAUCUUAGUGAAAUUUGACCCGUGCAGGUUUGUCAAUGUUGAACCCCCCCAGAAAAAAAGCAAUGAAUGUUUUCUUUCCGUUCGUUUCCACGUGUUGGCAGGUUCGUACUAUCCCAUAGCAAGAUAAAGGAAUCAACAUAUUAAACUAAUUUCGCUGAAUAGCAAACGCUGCUGUAGUGUAACUUCAAUGAUAAUUGAGAGUAGUCCUCGAAGUAAUAAAAUCUAAUAAAAAAUAUAUAUAAGAAAAUUGGA